CGCUGCGCGUGCGCCGUUGAUCAAAUUUUGCGCGCUCCGCUGUUUUUAAACGUUUUUCGUUCUUUACCAAAAAUGUUUAACUAAGCUGCAUUCGAACAGGAUUUGAGACAGUAAUAAAUAAAAGUGAUAAUAAACAAACGAAAUGCGGAUCCCCAAGGGAAGAUUGACCGGCUGGCUGCUGCCAAUAUUGGCAUUUGCUUCCACCCUGCCAGCUCUGUGCCAAGCCACUGGCUCUACCCAAAUGCCGAGAAGUGGUCGUGGUAGCCACAGUAGCAACAGUAGCAUUGGUGAUUCCGAGCUCAGUGCCUCAGAGCGGAGUCGACGUCUCAUACCCUACAUGGCUUUUUAUUUGCCCGCCCCAGAGUUGCCCAUUAAUCAGCAGUAUGUUGCCAAGCACUCAUCGUCCGCCGGCGGAUCCCAGCUGCAGGCACCGUCGCCAGGACCUGGAAGAAUCCCAGUGCCUGUGGCCUACAUGCCGCAGCACCAGCAGAAGCAUCAUGCCCACUCGCACCACCAUGGACCGCCACAUCCGCCACCACCAGGGCCGCACUAUCAAUCGGGAGCAGGCGAUGUCUACCAUACCCUCGCCAUUGGGGGCCACCAGCAUCCGCAUCCCCAUCCGCCGGCUGGUCGAGCCAAGGAGCAGCAGCCCCUCACUGAUUCGGGAGCCACUUUUAUUGCCUACAAGCCGUUGAAUCCAUCUCACAAGCACAAGACGGUGCAGCAUUUUCCACCGCUCCCGCCUUCGCCGCCGCCGCCGUCGAAGGAGCAGGUUCAGCAACCACAGCACCACCUCCACCAGCAACACCAGCAACACCAACAACACCAGCACCACCAACAACUACAGCAACCAGUGCAAUUCGAGAUGCUAUCACCGGGCCUGGUGGCAUCAUCCCAGUUGCAACGCCAGCGCGGCAAACAAUCAAAAAUCAAUUUAACGCCGUUUACAGCGCAGAACACAUUGCCGGGACAGUUUAUACCCAUUAUUUAUACGCCAGUGAGCAGCAGCAGCAUCAGCAGCGGCAAGCCGGGCUCCUCCAGUGCCAAUUACAAUAACAUCAAUAACAACCCGAAGCAGCCGGCAGCAGUGGGGGCUGAAAUUGUGUUCCAAGCGGCGCCACAUAAAAAUCCCCAUCAAACACCAAUCGCCACGGAUUAUGCGGCAGCUGAAGUCUCCGCGGAACAGACUGCCUCAUCGGGAGCCACCUCCUCCGAAGAGGAGGAGUCGGAGAAGGAACCCAAGGUGCAGCAAGAGGAUCACGCAUCUCAGGAGGAACUGGGUGCGGUGGUGGAGGAGCAGCAGCAGCAGCAGCCACAGCCUCAGCCGACACCAAGCAUUGGCUACGUCUCCGUUUCGGUACCCGAUUCCGAGCCGAGCCCAGUCACCGCCACCACAUCCUCCAAAACUGCAUUGAUAUUACAUCAAAAAUCGCCGCCGUUCGGGCAUGUAAGUAAAUACGAGAGCUACUUCAACAUGGCCCCACCCUCGACCAGCGGUCACCAUCAUCCUCAUCCGCAGCAGCCACAACAGCAUCCGCAACACCUGACGCCCCAGGAGAAGUACGUGCUUUACUUACAACAGCGCAUGAAACACCAAAAACAUCAGCAACUGCUGCACCAGCAGCAGCAACAACACAAUUACGACUUCCCUCAUCCGGUGGUGCCAGCACAAAGCAAUACUCUGCCCUCUGGCAGCCACCAUCCUCCAUCCACUCAUCUGCAUCCCCAACAGCCUUCGGUUCACCGGCUCCACCAUCCCCAGACCACCCAUCAUCACUCUCACAAGUAUGACACCCUGUAUGUAAGGCCGGAUGCGACGGCCGGUCAGCAGGUUCUCCACAUUCCUCUGCGGGCCCUCAUGGCCCAUGUCCAAGAGCAAUCGCUCUCCCAGUCCCAGUCCGAGUCGCAGGCGCAACCGCCGCGUCAAGAAUUUAUCAAGGACGAGCCACUCGGUUCCCCAGCACCGCCACACCAGUACAUCGAUUACUUGAUAGACGGUCCCAGGCAGUCUCUGGAGGAGGACCAACAGCAUGAGCGUCCUUCGGCGCCACAGCCCCCGCAGCAUGCCUACAUCUUGGUGACCACUACGGCACCGCACAUCGAACACCAACCUGCACCUCAGUUGCACCAUGAUAUUUCCACUCCGCGUCCCCCUGUCCUGUACAAGCAGCAACCCACUUUGCGACUGCAGCCAGUACACAACUACAAGGCCACCAGAAGACCCAUUUAUGUGACCACACCCUCGCCAGCAGGGGCGCCCACUCCGAGCCACACGGUUGAAAUUACGCCCAAGUAUGUUUACGUAUCCGGAAAGCCACCAGGUGGAUCACCAAACGAGCACGUCAUUAGGGAGCCCUCGACGCACACUCCCAUUAAACUGAAACCAGUCUACAAAUACGCCCACGAACGGCCUCCAUUGACCCCAGCCUAUGUUCCAGAGGACGAAGAUCAACUGCCCGACAUUCGCACUUCGUCGCUGGCUGAGAUCCUGCACAAGCUUCAGGCCAGCAACCAUCUGCCACAGACCCUGACACCCGACAACAUUGACAACUCCAUUAAGACACUGAUACGCAUUCUACAGAACCUCAAGCAGACCCAGACCAUAGUUCCCAAUCCACCGCAGCACCACGACGAUCACGAGCACAGUCCGAAGGACUAUGAUUACAACACGGGGAGUGGCGAGGAUCAUGCCACAACGUCCACAGGCUCAGAAGAGAUCACCGAAGCGGUUGUUAAACUAAAAGGACCAAAUAAGCAUCCUGGACCGAGCACAGGAAGGCCUGGCAUCGAUUACCCCAACUACGCGGAGAUCCCAAAGACGAGUUUCGAGUGCACCCAGCAGCGCUACAAGGGAUUCUUCGGCGACCCAGAGACCAAUUGCCAGGUGUGGCACUACUGCGAUCUCAACGGAGGAAAAGCCUCUUUCCUUUGUCCCAACGGAACCAUUUUUAGUCAGAUUGCUCUGACCUGCGACUGGUGGUUCAAUGUCAAGUGUUCAACUACUUCUCAGCUAUAUGUUUUGAACGAAAGACUCUAUAAAUACAUUCUGCCCUUCAAUCCCAAGUUCCCAGAGGACUACAAUGGACCCAUUGUGGAUAAAUACCUUGCAAUGAAGUUUCAAGAAAUGGAGGAAAAGAUGCGCCAGGAGAAGCAACGUAAGGCAUCCCAGCAGGCGGAGAAACCAGCUGAGGCUUCCUCCACUCCCGCGCUUCCGAAGAAUCACAAGCCCGAACCGAAACAUGGCAGUGGCAUAAAUGCCCAAGUCUACGAACAGAGUUCUGAAAAGAAUCUUCUAAUCGAUGAUGAGAUAGACGAUAUUUCGGAACGGGGAACCUUUGAUACGUACGACCAGUCAGCACCUACCACCAUCAUGGCGCCCACGAGCACUCAGGACACCAAGUCCUAUGUGCUCAAGCCGAUCGUGGUGUCAUCCACACCCCAGCCACUGCCAGAAGUGGACUUUGGAAUAGAACCCACGGCACCGGAGAGCAGCGAAGAGGAGGACAAGCUCCAGAAUUUGCGGGAGACCAAGGCGGCAGAUAAAAAGGAUCGGGAAACGACAAGGGUAAGCGUGGAGAAGCUGGAGGUCAUUGAGAUUAAGACCGAUGGAAAUACAGGACAACUGAUGCCCAUCAAGGACAGCAGCAAAUAAGCGGCCAGUGGAUAACAUUUAAACGAAAAGCUUGCCAUAUUUGUAAUGUGAAAACUGCCUGUGCGUUGGUUGUACAUCCCUAAAUUAUUUUUAGCGAGCAAGUACUGUAAAUAGCUAGCUGUAACUGCAACAUUAAACAUACCUAUAGCAAUAGUUAAAUAAAAUGUGACUAGUAAGUAAAUAAACUCUUCGACAUACCUUCUGGCAA